UUGGAAAAGUGGCGUCUGAGUGAAGAGGACGAGUCUCGCGCUGGUCACCAACAGUCACGCGGGACUUUACAUCUGCAACCACCCGAGUUUAAGUUUAACCCGGAUUCUAAUUCCAAAUUUUGACACUGUCACCAUGAGGACAAACGGAUGGAUUUACCACGCGCUGGUGUUUGCUGUGGUCACUCUACUGGACUCAGGUUGCUGUAAAAGGCCUCAUCAGUCAUUACAGAGGUAUGAGAAGACAGAGCGGCGCAUGCUGGUGUGCAAGGACUGCCCUCAGAGUCCUUUGGUACGAAACAGCCGAUCGCAGGAACACUGCGCCCGGAAGUGCAAGGUCAAGAAGAACUUCAGCUGCAGGGCCUUCAACUUUCAGCGGCACGGCAGCAAGUGCCACUUACUGCCCUUCGACCGGUUCACCCGCGGCGCGAAGAAGCAGGCCGACGCCAACUUUACGUUGUACGAAAAAAAAGAUUACAUAAGGGAGUGUAUUAUCGGCACCGAGGACUACAGAGGGAGGAGGUCUUGGACAAAGUCAAACAUCACGUGCCAAGCUUGGGCCGACAAUAACAUCAACGAGCACACGUAUUAUCCUGACAGGUUCCCGAGGCAAGACCUCAGGGAGAACUUCUGUCGGAAUCCUGACAACAGUUCUGGUCCGUGGUGCUACACCACAGACCCCAACGUCCGAACCGAGGCGUGUGGCAUACCACAGUGUUCAGAGGAAGUGUGUAUGAAGUGUAACGGGGUGGAUUACCGAGGAAAAGUGGACCAUACAGAGAGUGGCAAGGAGUGCCAGCGGUGGGACUCCGUACGGCCUCACAGACACCGUUUCCAGCCCAAAAAGUAUCGUGACAGAGAUUUAAAAGACAACUACUGCCGCAACCCGGAUAAUCGCCUCCGUCCCUGGUGCUUCACGAUGGAUCCCAAAACUCCCUGGGAGUACUGCAACAUCAGCGUGUGUGAGUCAGACUCCAGUGAGGACACAUAUGUCAAUGUAACAACAUCCUGUUUCCAGGGAAAUGGCACAGAUUACCGAGGCACGAUGAAUGUCACUCCUGAGGGGGUGACCUGUCAGCGUUGGGGCUCUCAGUUCCCCCAUAACCACUCGUUCCUUCCCCAGAACUUCAGGUGCAAAGACCUGCGGGAGAACUACUGCCGUAAUCCUGAUGGGGCAGAUUACCCGUGGUGCUUCACUACAGACCCGAAUCAGAGGAUCGCCAACUGCACCCACAUCCCCAGGUGUGAUGCUGAGGCCGCACAAAAAAUAGAGUGUUACGAAGACAACGGCGAGACAUACCGAGGCACUCUGUCCAUAACUCGCUCUGGGAUUCCCUGCGCAAACUGGUCACGUCACAUAAACAGUGGGGAUUCUCACUCUACAGUGUCCCAUGUAGGGCUGGAGAAGAACUACUGCCGGAACCCGGAUCGCGACAAGCACGGCCCGUGGUGCUACACCAACCCAAACACCCGCUUGGCCUGGGACUACUGCAAAAUAAAGCACUGUGAAUCGGCGACAGUGGCUCCUCGAACAAACAAUAUAACCGUGCCCAAGAUCUCGUGCUUCCGCCACAUAAACACCAGGAUAGUUGGCGGACAUCAGGUGUGGGGUACAGACGGCAGCUGGGUCGUAAGCAUCCAGAGAGAGAAGGCUCAUCUGUGCGGCGGCUCACUGAUCAGAGAAGACUGGGUUUUGACAGACCAACAGUGCUUCACCUCCUGUGUUCCAGAUCUCAGUGAGUACAGCGUGCAGGUGGGCCUUCACCACCUCAACGAGUCCUCGAGCCACCUGAGACUCCGCAUCUCUCGUCUGAUUUGUGGCCCCGAAGGAUCCAACUUGGUUAUGCUGAAACUGAAAAAGCCUGCACCAGUGUCUGAGGGCGCCUCCACGGUUCAUCUCCCAGUAAAAGACUGUCACAUCCCUGAAGGCACCAACUGCACCAUGUAUGGAUGGGGGGAAACUAAAAACACGGGACACGACGAGUCUCUGAAGACGGUCACCAUGCCCAUGGUCAACAAUGACAUGUGCUCACAAAUCAAAGGGGACGCGGGGGAGAGUCGAAUAUGUGCCGGUGGCAACAUCGGAGAAGGUGUAUGUGAUAAAGAUAACGGCGGCCCGCUGGUCUGCCAGGAGCACGAGCGCAAAGUCAUCAUUGGCGUGAGCAUCCAACGGACGAAAUGUGCCUCGUCGCAGCCGGCGCUUUUUGUCAACGUUGCGUUCUACUCUGAGUGGAUAUACAAAGUCUUCAAGCUGUACCCCAACGUGGAAAGGAACUAGAAAUACUCACAAUGGGGGCUCUGGUGCGGGACUCUACCACUAAAGAGGGACGAUGCUGGGGACGGUACGCGACAUGAAAUGUCCGGCACGGACCACAGGGAGGGGAGAAGAAGCAUGUGUCAGAACAAAAUGGCUGUUUUGGGAUUUUCUUGGCCGAGCGUGUCAUUUUUUUACAAAGAAGACGUGGGAUUGAAGAGCGGAUAUGAUAAAAGUGGAGUUUCACACGGUCGGGCACGGUCGGGCACAUGACAUGAGAAUGACACUUGCGACUCAGUAUUAUCUCCUGGAAUAUACUUGAAUACGGACAGAAACCCAGAUUCUUGUUGGAUACCACUAAACGUAGCCUCCUGAGCCUGGGAUGUCGUUAUUGUUUUCAUUCAAAGCAGAGCGCUGGACUGCCAAACAUGGUGAUUUAUUUUACCUCCUGCACAAAGUGGAGAGAAGUGGCCUUCAGUAAUAUGGACUUAUAUUUUGUUUUUGUCAUUUCACAUUUAGCCUUUAAAACAAUUACUGCAAUCCCAAGUGUGGUUGCCAAGUUUUCAAGUAACAUGCAGACUCAGAGGGAUGCACUUAUACCCAGUGUUACAACAUCCACAACUGUCCCACAAUCUGGUUCAUGCUCACCCCUGGUCCUGGGGAGCCAACACACCGGAUUCUGAACGGUCAGCUCAUCAGAAAGCACUGCAGAAGCCUGAUGACGAGCAAGGGGAAUGUCUAAAACCUUUACACCAGGAUUGAGAAGACCCUGCUUUAGCGUGUCCGCAACAGGCGGAGAUCGAAAAAGAUGACAAUGAUGGACUGCAAAAACAUUACACACUUACAAUGUGUAGGAGAGAGAGAAAGCGAGCGUGUUAUUAUAUCAGUUCUCUCUGCUUUCUGCCAACUGCACUCUUUUUUGCUUCGCCCUCUGGUCGAGACAUUUGUGAGAGGGGUACUGAGGCUUUUCUUUCAGCAUUUCCAAACACUAAACCAAAAACAUUUCUUUUAGGAAUAUACUGGCUGCACCAUUGUAGUCAGGGAAGUUUCUCUCAUCUCUGAUGUAUCGCGAUCAUUUUAUGAACUUAAUAUAAUGCAUUUCUUACACAAAGCACCUUUUAAGGAGACUUUACAAGUGCCAUAAUAUCCCAAAAGAAGAAGAACCGUGUGUGCGUGUGGAUUUCCUCCCACAGUCCAAAAACAUGCAGAUUUGUGGAUUAUGUCAUUCUAAAUCAGGGAUUAGCAAGUAAAUGUGGCCAUGGGCUAUUUUUUUGUGUAAGAAAUUGAAUAUUUGGGCCAAAACAUUCUAUCUUCAUCAGGCAAAAGUGCCUUAAAACGGCUUCAGUCCGGAACAAAAACCCCACCUUUGCUGCCUUAAACUAACAAUAACGUGGACGUUAAUCUUUAAUCAGCAGCUCGUUACAAAGACAAACACAUGUGAGAUACUGUACGUACUCGUACUGUUACUAUUUAUUGUGCAUCAGUUCAAUUUUAAGAAUCACUGCUUCUUCUUCGUCUUCGAGCCUAACAUAUGCAAGUAGUUAUUUUAUGGACAUUAACUGCCCCAAACCUGGCUGUCUCCAUGACAACAGCAGUGUUUAUUUUUAUUGUUUUCAUUAACAGAAUCUAUUUGAAUUUUUUUUUUCGAAAUAAAAGCUCUGAAGAUAAGCAAAUCAUUUAAGAUCGGAUUUGUUAAAUUGGACACUGAUGGUGGGUUCAAGUGCUGACAACUGCUCUAAAUGGACCGUGAGAGUGGACGCGUGUUUGUCUCGAUAUGUGUCCCUGUGAUGUGUGACCCCGCCAUUCGCCCUGUGUCCGUUUAUUAAUACCAAAAGAGAUGACGCACACAUGAGGAUAAAAAAGCCAUUGAACUCAGUUGUGGAGACACCAAACAAAGAUGGAAUGAAGUGUAUAGAAUACACAGAAACAGCAGCAGUAGCAGCAGCAGCAGCUGCGCCGUCUUCUCCCCAGUUAACUGUUAUUUCCCCCGCGAGAGCGUCUAAGUAGGACUGAGCAAAAAAAA